AUGCUCGCCAUUAAACAGAAUGCGCUGCAAGUGCAGCGUAUAGCUCGUGUCGGGAAGCGGGCCUACCACGACCUUGUUACCCUUCCUUCGAAGAAACCAGUCGUCUCCUACGGUCCUCCAGGAUACAGCGCAGUUUCAGGCCACACCGUCACCGUCUUUGGAUGCACUGGCUUCUUGGGAAGAUAUCUCGUGUCGAAACUCGGCAAAAUCGGCACCCAAGUCGUUGCUCCUUACAGAGACGAAGAUGAAUCCCGCCACUUGAAGCUCAUGGGCGACCUCGGACAGAUUGUUCGAAUGGAAUGGGACCUUCGGGACGAAAAAUCCAUUGCUGAAUGUCUGCGACACUCGGACACUGUCAUUAACCUUGUCGGAAGAGACUAUACCACCAAGAACUUUGACUUCAAGCAAGUCAAUGCCCUUGGAGCCGAGCGUAUAGCCAAGAUUGCUGCAGAGAACGGCGUCUCCCGCUUUAUCCAAGUCUCUCACCUCAACGCUUCGGAGAACUCGCCGUCCAAGUUCUACGCCUCCAAGGCAGAAGGUGAAGCCCGUGUGCUCGAGGCUUUCCCCAAUGCCACCAUCGUUCGACCUUCGAUUCUGUACGGCUACGAGGACAAGCUUUUGACCAACAUGGCCAUUUGGCCCAUCUGGUGGAAGUUGAACAAUGCCGAGACCAAAAUCCGACCUGCCCAUGUGAUGGACGUUGCACAAGCUCUUGUCAAUUUGGUUAGGAACCCCAAGGUUUCCGGCACCGUCAACCUUCCCGGGCCAUCGACUCUCACCUACGAAUACCUUUUGGACCUCGUGUCCUCUGUCACCCUUCAACCUCCUUCGAAGGCACCUACCCUUCCUCGAAUCGUGGCUGAGAACAUCGCCAAACUCGGAAACGCCGUGUGGUGGCCCACUCUGAGCCCCGACGAGGUUGUUAGACGGUACAUCAACGAUUCUGAGGUUCCCGGAGAUUGGGAUGUCGUCGACGUCACCCCUUCUGAAAUUGAAGACCAUGCUAUCACGUAUCUCAGACGCUACCGUACCGCUGCUAACUUUGUGCGACCUGUGGUGUUCCCUCCCCGCCCCCAGCCUGUCGUUCCCGAGCAGUACUAGUUUAUCAGCGUGUAGUCGUAUAGAUACAACACAUAGAUGGAGACUUCUUUAUAUGCUU